GUAUACCUCGAAUUACAAUAGGUUAAUGUAAAUUAUUUGUACAAAAACCCAUUUCAUUCACAAUUAUUCGAAGUGUACUUCAUAUGAUCACUAGUUUUCUCAUCUAUUUUCUCCAAUAACUGCUGAAUCAUAUAUCAUUUUGAAUACUUGUCAAAUGAGACUGAGAAUGAAUCAAAAAUCUAUUGACCGCAAAGCUAAUGCUUUGAAAUAUGUGAGUUUAGUGACACUAACACUGCAGAAUGCUAUUCUUGGUCUUAGCAUGCGUUAUUCCCGAACUAGAAAGGGCGAUAUGUACCUUGCUUCAACAGCUGUUUUAAUGGCUGAAAUUGUCAAAUUGGUAACCUGCUUGGGGAUUGUGUAUGUGGAUUCUGGUGGUAUCAUCAAACUUUUUGAAGCUUUACGUGAUUAUAUCAUUAAACAACCUAUUGAUACACUGAAAGUAGGAGUCCCAUCACUUCUUUAUGUGAUACAAAAUAAUCUUCUCUAUUUGUCUGCAUCACAUUUAGAUGCUGCAACCUAUCAAGUUACAUACCAGUUGAAAAUCUUCACUACUGCGAUAUUUUCUGUUCUAAUUCUCAAGAAGCAACUUAUAGUAACUCAAUGGCUAUCUCUAGUGUCUUUGAUAGGUGGAAUAGUUUUGGUACAGCUCGCUCAAGGCCACACACAAACUAAAGUUCUUAAUGGUAUGGAACAAAACCCUGUAAUUGGCUUUCUUGCUGCUUUGGGGGCUUGUUGUUUAUCAGGUUUCGCUGGCGUUUAUUUUGAAAAAAUUCUUAAAGGAAGUAAUAUUUCUGUUUGGAUGAGAAAUAUUCAGCUGAGUCUGUUAUCAAUACCUAUAGGGCUAAUAACUUGUUUUGCAAAGGACGGUUCGAACAUUUUGAAUCAGGGAUUCUUUUUUGGUUAUGAUAGUUUUGUCAUAUAUCUAGUGAUCCUUCAAGCCACAGGUGGCCUAUUAGUUGCACUGGUAGUUAAAUAUGCCGAUAAUAUUCUCAAAGGUUUCGCCACAUCUUUAGCUAUAAUAAUUUCAUGUGUUGCAUCCAUGUAUUUAUUUGAUUUCCAUCUGACUGUAACAUUUUCCAUUGGUGCAAUUUUGGUUAUAUUUGCUAUAUUUUUAUAUGGAUACCAGCCCAAAAAGAAGUACAGUACACAAGGCCCCAUUACAGCAGAAAAAGUGUAGUUUCCUACUAGAGGCCAUAUGAUUAAAACUGAUUAUGUGCCACUCUUGUAAAAAUCAUUAAUCGUACUUAUCUCUGCCUGAGAUGUCUUAUUAAUAGAAGUAUAUUUUAAAGUAUUAGAAUGCAUUUCAAUACAUGAUUCAGAAAUGACUCAAUUGAAGUCAGUCAGUGGUUGUGAAAUGAUUAUGGAAUAUAACAUUUUUUACUUCUUUUCAAAUCUGAGAUUAAUUGAAUAAAAUGUAUAUAUAGAAACGUAUUCAUAAGUUCAGUAUUGUAAGUUGCAAGAAAAAUUUCUAUAAUUUAUCCUGAAAACAAUUAUUUAGUAACUGCAUCAGCAAUAAUGUAAAAAAUUAUAAUUGAUCUUCUUGUUUAUUUUUGAAGAACUUAAAGAUAAAAUUAUAUAAGAUUGAAAGUAAAAAAAUUGUAUGAAUAUUUUACAUCUUCAAUUAUACUUAUGAAUUUAA